ACCAGCGUACAGCGUAGACCCGGAAGACAUCGAAACAGGAAAGGAAAUCCAACCGACCGCUGAAGAAGAGAAGCGGUAUGAUGGCAAGCCUGCCGAGGAGUUCCCUGAUUGGCCCUACGUAAUCUCUGAAGCUACGGCCGAGCUUGUCACGAAGUAUAGCCUCGAAUCUUCCAAGCGUAACCAGGAUAUUUUCAGCAUGUAUGUCUCGAACGACUUUACCGGGUACGGGAUGCAGGAGGUUAUAGAGAACCAGCUCACAGGAAUCAACGCGCUCAUGGCUAAGCGACGACUCCCGGCUGAUGAGCUUGCUGUUGGGCUCUGGUUACGAUUGUCAGCUUUCGCCCACUGGACUCAAUCGCAACAACUAGGGCCUUGGUUCAUGAUAGACGAUGGUCAGCGCUGGCAGGACACUGUCGCAAUGAUUGGUAUCGCAAUCUUAGCCACACUAAACGCUCUCGAUCGGGCGAAGCUGCUGAAAGAGCACUCCCCUGUCAAGGACCUGGGUCUGGUUCUCGCACUUCUUGGAGACUUCAUUUGCGACUGUCUGGAUCAAACCACGACGAUUCCAUAUCUAUCAUCGAAUACUAGAGAAGUCUGCUGGCCGUACAAAAUUGUCUCCUAUGCUAAGGCUAGCAGUAUCGAGAUCAAAGGCGUCCAUGGCAUUGAAGGGAAGUUCGUACAAAGGUUCGAUAACGAGGAUGAGGCGAACUAUUGGAAGAGGAAAGAGUGUGUUGAUCGCUGGGGAUGGGGUACAAAAUGGAGAAUUUUCGGUAGAGAGUACGGCAAACAACGUAGCAUAUUCUAUCGGGGUCCAUCACUCGGAGGGAAUACCUUUGAUAUCACAUGCUGGCCCGCCGCUGAGAGGAGGAAGUACCACUUCGAAGACGAAGACCCUCUUGAGUCCGAAACCCUCUAG